CUCUCAGAGCGUUCCACAAAGCUGCUGACUGAAACUGCAAGGUGGAUAAUGUAACUCAUCCCUCUGCAGCACAAAAUCCCCCAGGCUGACAGUGCUGUGGCGUAGCGCUGAUCUGCCUCCCCCCCAAACACCCACCGUGCGCAGGCAGCGCUCUUCCUGCACUCAAAACCGCAGAGAGCCCACGGGAUGGCAGUGUGCAGUCGGGCUGCUGCCACCCAGCAGUGCGCGUUGGUCUCAGGAAAGCUGUCCUCCGCACAAGCCGUGCCUCGCUUCUCCUCCUGCUGCUCUCUGGCUGCUGCACAAGGUGGCAGAAACCAGGAGUCUGCUGCUUGCUGCUCCGUCCUUAAGCACUGCCAGGAGCAGAUGUGCUCUGUGCCUCCGUGGGUGCAGGUACCCAGAGGUACACGUUGCAGAGUGACUGACACCAGCGAGCUGAUGCUGUAGAAGUGCCCUUGAAGAUCCCCAGGCUUUCUCUAGUCACAGCUAUUUCUCUGCUCUCUGUCUGACAGGUUGGGUUUAUCUUUUAGAUUGACUCAGCGAGGGCAGGAGGUGAGGCUGAGCCAGCACGACUUACCAAGACGAGGAGAAAAUGGGCUCAGUGGCCUCCGCUUUCCUCUCACCAAGCUCUGAGAUUUCCGUGGAUGGAACAAGGCACCUCCUGGCACAUUUCCUAUCCUGCCCACACUUUGCUGAAAUUUGUGUUCUGUUGGGGUCGGAUGUUGGUGCCAGGUACCCAAGGAGCAUUGCCAUGGGUUCAAAUCUGAGCCCUCUUUCCUUCUGCCCUCUCACCCCCCUUCUGUUGGGCAUUUUCACACCUCCUGCACCAUCAGCCUAUUUGUGUCCUGUGUACCUGGGUGCACUGCAGAACUUACCUCCUGCACAACCCCCUCCACAAGGGCCAGGAGGGGAAAACCAGGCAAGCCCAUGUGGGAGGGAAGUGGGGUGGGAGGUGUCAUCACCAGCCAAGGGCUUAUAGGGGCCACGAGGAACAGGAACUUCUGUCACAGCCGGUGCAGGAGCUGAGGAGUGCCAGGUGAGGUGGGCAGCUCCGGGUCAGGGCUGCCAGCUGGUGGGGGGCCAUGCUCAGAGCUGAAAGGGAGAGCCUGGGGCUGUGCAGGGUUGUGGCAUGGGAUCAUUUGCAGGUGGUGGCCAUGUUGCUGUGCCAUACAGACACACAACGCGUGCUGCAGGGCUACCUUUACAUGCAAACUGUGCUGUCUGUAUGCACAGGGGCUGUGCUGGCCCUUGCGAAGUGUAUGCAGAGCACUGUGAUGGGUGUCAGGCAGAGCAUGCUGCUCUCAAACCAUCAGGUGCUUGGUGGCAACGUUGCUAUGCAGUGAGCUGUGAGCUGUGAAUGAGGGGCACUCAGUCCCCUGCGGCUUUUUACCACUGUGAGUUGCAAGCAGCAAGCUCAUGGAGCUCUGCAGCCUUCAUGCAGGCAUGCUGCCCUGCCCUGCUGUCCGGGUAUGCUGGGCAGGUGUGGAGGGAACAGAGAAGGGCAUUAGAGAAGUUGUGGUAUGUGGGAGGGAAGCUGGAGAUUUCUGCAGCUCUCCAUCACUCAGCAUCAUGGAAAGUGGAAAGGGGAGGGAGGCACUGGGGCACGCAGGAGCUCAUGGGCAUGCAAAGGGUUCUGCAGGUGGUCCCAGUGGGGCAGGUGCUGGCAGAGGAUGUCCAAGUGCACAGCGUUGGGUCCCUGGGCUGCACAUAUCCCAAAUUCAUAUUUGCUGUACCUGUUUUGUCACUUGUGUGAAAUCAGAGCUUGGGGUGGGCUGACCCCCCACUCCAGACACUGUUAAGCAGCUCACCUCACACACAGCCACAGUCUCAUCUGCCCAUUCCCAACCUCCCUCAUGGCACAGAGCUGAGAGAAGCUGGGACAGGCAGGAACGGGCUCUGCUUUGCUGCCAGUGUUUAAUGGGCACAUCCUCAGUGGACAUUUCCCUACAGAGAGCAGGCAGAACAUGUUCUUUGCCCAGAGCCAUUUUCCCAUUGCAUUUGGGGCACUGGGUACCACGGGUGGCUGUGCUCCCUGUGCAUCCCAAUGCCCGCAUGCCUCCAGCUAACCCCAAUACCCCUUGCAGCUCUCCCUGCACAUCUCAUUCCAGGUCCGAAUGCUUACGAUGGACCCUCAGAGCACCCCCCCUCCUGCCAUUGAAGUCACUCAGCAGCUCCUGGGUAACUCCUGCUGUCAGAUCCACGACGGGUUCCUCUCAGUGACGCUGCCUGUGAUGUACUCACUGAUCUUUGCUGUUGGGCUGCUCAGCAAUGUGCUGGCAUUCUGGGUGUUCUCAUUCAGCAUGCAGCGCCAGACCUCCAUCACUGUGUACAUGAGGAACCUGGCCCUCUCCGACCUCCUGCUGGCCCUCUGCCUGCCCUUCCGCAUCGCCUUCCAGGACAGGAGUGAGCCCCGUGUCUUUUGCAAUAUUGUUGGGGCCUUCUUCUACCUCAACAUGUAUGUCAGUAUCACUUUCCUCAGCCUGAUCAGCCUGGACCGCUACCUGAAGAUCAUCCGGCCCCUCCAGAAAUACAGGAUUCACACCGUAUCCUGUAGCACAUUGGCCUCUGGGAUGGUUUGGGUGGUGAACUUUGCCUUCAUGCUGCCUUUCUUUUUUGAGAAAAGAGGGAAGGGACCCUGUGACCAUAAAUGCUUCCACUUCAGGAGCAAAAGCACCAUGGCAGCAGCCUUCAACAUGGCCGCAGUAGCUGCCUUCUUCAUCGUGCUGUUGCUCUUCCUUUACUUCUACAGCAAGAUAUUUGCCAAACUGCACCAGGUCUCCUCAGUGAAGGCCCAGCAGCUGAACAAGAAGACCAGCACGAGAGCCAUCACCAAGACCUUUGUGGUCCUGAUCAUCUUCAUCGUCUGCUUCACCCCCUACCACACUGUCCGCAUCCCUUACAUCCUGGCGCAGAUCGGGGCCAUUUCCAGCCUGCCCUGGAAGCAAGGUCUGCACCUUGCUAACGAGCUCGUGCUCUGCAUCUCAGCCCUCAACAGCUGCCUCGACCCCAUCAUCUUCUUUUUCUUGUCCAGCAGUUUCCGCAGGGCCGUGCUCUGCACCAUCCAGGGCAGGCUGAAGGGAGCCCUGCUGAGCAACCAGGGCAGGCUGACCCCCAGCAGGUCUGUGACAGAACUGUAGGGUCAAGGUCCAGAAAAUGGGAUUUCCUCAUUGCAGAUUGGCUCUGGCCACUGGUAUUUAUGGGACAAGACUUGCUGGGAAGAUGGAACCACUCCAUGAGACAUGGCUUAGAGGGCAUGGUGUGAUGGGUCGGGGUUGGGCUCGGUGAUUCACUGAGGUCUUUUCCAGCCAUAAUGAUUCCAUGACUCUACGA